GAACUGUGCGAUCAUUUGGAAGGAUAACUUUCCUAUUGGCUUUAUCAUGCGUAGAGAGAUCGUGUCCUCGUUUCAUCGUCACUUGGCAUAAAUUUUCCGACGCGGGGAAGACGUCAGAGAGCGGGAAUCGAAAUUAACCGCGUGACUCAUUUCGGAGAAGUGAUAUUCUGAGCGACACCUCGGUCACGUUUUACGAGCGGGGUAAUUCCUUCGCGGAAGCUGAAUUAACGGCUUCGCGUGUGGUUUUUCUUGCCGGCGGCGACCACGGAAAACGUUCGCGAAGAACGACCCGGUGAUUAAGGGGAAAUGAUCAAAGUACUAGGAUGUUCGAGGCCGAGGGAGAACGCGUCGCCAGGCACAUUCUGAUUCGCGAUCGGGAGGAAGUCGAUCGAUCCCGGAAUUAACGCUACGCGAGUGUCAAACGAGCCGCGACAGGCUCAUCAAUACCCUAAAUAAAUGUCACUUGCACAAUCGAUCGGUUGUACCUUUUGCCAGCCAUGACGUAAAGAGAGGGCGAUUUAACAGCGAGAGCCAACGUUGUCGAGAGCGGCUGUCGGGAUCGACUGUCAACGGUCGCACCCGUCCGUGCAGGUGCAUCAAAGUUCGUGAUUCUGACACCGCUUAGAGGGAUGGUCCCUACGGCUAUGCACGAAUGGGGAAUGAACCGGGGUGCGUGAGGGAGAGAGGCGAACGCUUCUAAACCGAUGAGAUGACAGUGCUGUGCGUGCUGUGGGCUACUCUGUCCACCGUGGCCUCGAUCCUGGCGUGCUCCGGCUUUUACCUGCCUUAUUGGAUUCAGGGGCGACUGCUGGGAAAGGCGGACGCGUACUUCAGUUCCUUUCGGCGUUGCAACUACCCGCGAAUCAGGGCGCCCAACGCCACACCCGAGAUAGUUUACGAGUGCGCGAGGUACUCCAGUUUUUGGGACAUACCGAGUGCCUGGUGGCAGGCGAGUACAGUCACGAUGGGAAUUGGCGUCGCAAUCGCGGUGAUCGGCGCCCUGACGCUUCUGGCAGCAGCGUCGUCGUUCCUUCCGCACAUUCUUAGGACACCCAAACACACCAGGAUCCUUGGCUCCUUGCAAUUGCUCGCUGCAGCGAUGAUAUGCGGCGGUCUGGUCAUGUAUCCGAUAGGCUGGGAUAAUCGGGAAGUACGCGAAUCCUGUGGGAAGGGGGCCAACGUUUACAAUCUCGGGAAGUGCUCGGUGUCCUGGUCGAGUCACUUGCUGGUCGGCUCGGUGGCGUUGCUGAUGCUGUGCUUCGGCCUGAGCUUCUGCGCGGCGCGGCACAAGCCCGACGCGAAUCCGCACACGGACCCCCUGCGCAUUUGACAAUCGAGGUAUUCCCAGUCGAUACACGCCUACGCCUCGCCGAAGACGACCACGCUCUCCAUCGUCACGGUCUGUUGAUCGCGCGCGCCUGUUGCGUGCGCGUAUCCCGCGUAUCGCGAGUGGUUCUACGCGGCGCGAAGCCAGACGUACGUACACGCGUCAUCACGCCGACGCGUAUCGGCGCGAAUUCCGCACAUUCGCGGAAUCUCGCGCGCGUCCCGCGCACACGCGAGUCGCGCUCUCGCUCGCGCACACGUGCAUUUUUCCGGCUGGAGCCGCGAGCGCAAGUCUUUUUCAUGACGAUUUAACACACGCGCGAAUGCGCCCUCCCCCCUCCCCCGCGUGCGCGAGUAGACCCAUGAUCGCUCGCAUCGGCGAGAUGUGUGUUUUAUAAAUGAACCGAUGUGUCGCGAUCGACGCAGCAUCGACAAAAUGGAUUAAUGGAUCGAAGCGAUAUUAACGGGGUAGGUACGGGGUUUGACAGCUCGAAAGGAUUGUUAAUCUUCGAUUCGUCCAGUCGUAUGACGAUCGUAGCGUAUCGUAAACUAAACGGAGGUAAGCGCCCCGUCUCUUGGACAGCGAGAUUCGUGAAGUUUGAAAUGUCCACGGUAUAAUCUCCGGACCAAUACAGCUGAUAUUUCUCUGCGAACAAUAAUCCGCGAGAUUUCAGAAUCACGUUCCAAGGGAUCCUCGGAAGAUUGAUUAAACUUUUGACAAGUUAACGCGUACCCUACCGCCCUUCUCGCUCUUCGCGAAGCAAAUUCUGCGUCUCUGUACAUAACGCGCGACCUGCAUAUGUACGUAUGUAUAUACAUGCUGUAGUGAAUCCUAUAGUCCUGUCUCGUGGCAGACGUUUCGAGAGAGAGAGAGAGAGAGAGAGAGA